CGGAUGUUUCGACUUCCCUGUUUUGUAAUAACGCACAAUUUAUGUAGAUGAUAUUAUGUAAAAUGUUUUUCCAGAAAUUGACGAUUAAUGUGUUUAAAUUAGAAGAAGCAAGUUACUUUCGGAUAUGUAGGCAUGAUCCAAACAUCGCAGGAUGUAUCGAGAAUUUCCUAAUAACUUUAAAACCAAAGUUAAAAGAGGGAAUUCCGGAGUUACACGUCCCACCAAUGGAACCAUUGGAUUUAGGAGAAAUAAAUUUACAAACUACUGACAAUCAUGGAAUGUUAAAUUUUACGAAUCUGAAAGUUUGGGGAUGUAGCGACUACACCAUUAAAAAUGUGAUGGUUGACUUGAGCAGACAUAUAUUCAAGUAUAAUCUAAAACUUCCACGUUUAUAUUUCGAGGGAAAUUAUGAUAUGGAUAUGCGACUGCUUGCCUUUGAAUUGAAAGAUAGUGGUUUCAUGAAAGGCAAUUUAAGUAAGUUUACAAUUAUUUUGUAUCCUAUAUUCCUUCAGAAAUCCGAGAUAGGAUUUCAAUAUGUGAACAACUCCACGUAUAUCAUAUUCUCUAUUUCCAUACAAUAUGUAUAUAUAUCGACGUGUAGAUCAAAAAUCUAAAAACUUUUUGAGAUAUGAUCCCUCAA